CCCCCUUUGAAUGUGGACAAAACUUCAGCCAUAAUUCAGCUUACACACCAGAGAAAUUCUGUGAUUAUAAUAAACAUAGGGGAGCCCUCUGCCCCCAGUCAGCCUUCAGGGUACGUCAGAGGACUCGCAUAAGGUUGAAACCCUAUGAGUGUCGCGGAUGUGGGAAAUGCUUCUGUAAGAAAUCGUACCUCCUCAUGCACCAGAGAAUUCACACAGGGGAGAAACCUUACAGGUGUAAUGAAUGUGGGAAAGAUUUCAGCCACAAGUCAAGCCUAUGGAAACAGCAGAGAACUCACACAGGGGAGAGACCGUACAAAUGUAUGGAAUGUGGGAAAACUUUCAGCUGGAAGUCAGACCUGAGAGUCCAUCAGAGAACUCACACAGGGGAGAAACCCUAUGAGUGCAGUGAAUGUGGAAAACCUUUGGUGCAGAAGUCAACUCUCAAAACCCAUCAGACAAUUCACAAAGGGGAGAAGCCUUAUGAAUGUAAUGAAUGUCAGAAAACCUUCACCCAGAAUUCACCCCUCAGAACACAUCAGACAACUCACACAGGGAAGAAGCCCUAUGCAUGUAAGGAGUGUGGGAAGGCCUUCAACCAGAAGUCAAGCCUAGGAAUGCAUCAGAGAACUCACACAGGGGAGAAGCCGUACAAAUAUAAUACAUGUGGGAAGGUGUGCAGUCAGAAGUCAGGCCUAAGAAAACACCGGACAACUCACACAGGGGAGAAGCCGAAUGAAUGCGAUGAGUAUGGGAAAGCGUUUAGCGAGAAAUCUGGCUUACAAUUACACCGGAGAACUCACACGGGGGAAAGACUAUAUAAGUGUAAUGAGUGUGACAGAGCCUUCACCUACAAAUCAAUCUUCAGAGGACAUCAGGAGGGUCAUAAAAGGGAGAAACUCUCUAAAUAUGAUGAAGGUGAGAAAGCUUUCAGCGAGAAAUCUGGCUUACAAUUGUUGCAGAGAACUCACCCAGGGGAGGAACCAUACGAAUGUAGAGAGCAUGGCUGAGCCUUCACCUCUAGAUCAGUCCUCACAGGACAUCAGGAAGCUCCUACAGGGGAGGAAUGUAUUAAUGUGAUGAACGUGGGGAAGCUUUUAGCCAUAAAUCGGACUUCAGAAAACAUCAGGGGACUCUCACGGUAAGAGGAACACUGAAUGGAAUGAAUGUGGUAGAACUUACCUCAGGGAUCACACACACAGGAAAGCCUGACAACCCUACUGAGUGAAGGAAAAUCUUGAUUGCAGAUCAGACACUCAAAACUGUAGCUGUUCUGUGUUGCAGACUUCAGGCGGCUCUCCUGUAAGUUCUCCAGGACCUGUCGUUUGCCUGAGUAUUUGCCUGGGUUGGCCUACUUCUCACACGUGUGUGUGUCUGGCUCCACGAAACCUCUGACGUAGUGUAGAGCUGAUACAAGGAUGCUUUUUGACUUACCAAACAAUCGAGCCCUUCCAGAGAGCGCUGUCAGCCUUCCCUGGGUCCCGUAACCCCAGUAGAUAACCAGGAGUUAAGUGAAUCCGUGUAAACCUGUAGACCUGGGUGCGGUCCCGACUCAGCUACUUACUAGACCAGCAACCUCCUCGCCCUGAGUCUCCACUCCCUUCUUUGUGAACUGUCGCCCGUGUUUGUUGCAAGGGUUAAAGGGCACAGGGUGGAAACAAAGCAGUGUCGAUUCCCUUCUGUCUUACAUAAUUCAUGCCUCCUAAGAGAUGAUACGGGUAAAGUUAGGGGAAAAACAGGCAGGAAUAUGGAGAUGACCGGAACUUGAAGAGAAAGUGAGAGUUCUGAAGGAGGGGUGGGAGUCGGAGCUGGAGGUGUCCCUACAGUGCUUGGUGGGGCUCAUGGCUCCACUCCUUGGGCCCUUCCCGUCCAGGACACCCCAGAUCUCAUACCCUCGUGACUCAACUCUCCCUGGACAACCACAGUGGUGGCAGACCGUCCUCAGAGACCUGCUUCUCUGGUUUUCGCAGACGCAAGCUCAGGGCCACAGCAACCAUCUUGAGAUUUUUGUGGGCUGGAAAUGGGUAAAAAUGGGAGUUCUGUUGCCAGAACUAAGGAUUUGGGUAAAGUCCAGGAUUCUCGACUAAGCCUUACCAGCAGUUUCUUUAUAAUCUUUAAAAUAUGUGGAGCCCAACUACAUUAAUCUAUUUUUAUUUAAAGCAGCUUGUAAUUUGAUUUAUAAACAUUUCUCUCUAAAAGAAAAAUGUGUAUUAGUAAUAAUAAAUGAAACCAAUUUAUAACUUGCCAUGUAUAGAAACUAAUUGAAAAAAUCUUUACAGAAACAGGACAGCAGUUUAAAAAAUUAUAAGUAGAUGAUGUAAUCAAUUUCAGAACUCAUCUCUGACAUUAGAAAAAUGACUUGAGGAAACCUGUUAGGUAUAGGAAAGACUGUCAGCGCUUGGGGUCUUCUGGUGACUAAAAUAUCUUACCGGUCUUGAAGUUCAAUAGAUUGAGAUGGCCUUUGCUACUUUCCAUAAGGUGGAAGGAAGGACGCAGCUCAAACCAGUUGUGGGGUGGAGGCACAGAAAAUGAAAAUGUACAACUUCUAGAUUAUGGGGAUGAUCACAGGCAGGAAGCUGCAGAUAAGCAUUUACAGAGCAAAGCAAAUGAUUUCCUCCUGGUAGGAGUGGAGUUUGGGAAGCCCCGUUUGUUUGGAAAGUGGCCUCUGCACCAUCUCAAAAAGCUCCCAACCUGAGGAAAACAGGCUCAUGGUUAGUUUUAGGGGCCCAGAUAUGGCACACUGGCCCCGGGUCCCCCUGACUUGUUACGGACAAACCAAGUUCUAAGGAAGAAGCAAGGUAGAAUUCCUUCGUACAGUCUCCUCCUUUCCAUGCCCGUUCACCAGACUUGUAGUUGAGACUCUUGCUUCUGAAACACGAAAGUGUUGUACGUGUAGAGACCAUAUGACAAAUAUUCAGGUUGUGGAGCACAAUAGAAUGUGAUCUGUGAACCCACUACCUCGCUUAAGGAUAACGGUAUUGGCCAUGAAAGAGUGAGAGUGUAUCCACUGGGAUACUCUUGCCCAAUCUAUCUCCUGCCUCCCAGAGACAGCAGCUAUUCAAAAUUGCGUGCGUGUUUGUGUGUGUGCACAAGUGUGUAUCACUGAUUUGCCUUUAAAAAAAUAAUAAUUAUGAAUCUAUAAAUUAUACAUACAAUUAUUAUUGUAUGGUUCUACUUACUUUGAAAUUAGAAUGGUCAUGUGUCCUGCUUUUGUGACAUGGCUUUUUUUGAGUCAAUGUGAUGUACCUAACAUUCAUACAUACUGAUUUGGAUGGUUGUACUUCAUUCAGUUUCAUUUAUGUAUAGCUUGAUAUUAAAAUGUAUUCAUUCAUGGUUUUGGCCAGGUAUUUUGAAGUAAA